GUAUAUUUUUUUGAGUACACAACCAAAUUUCUCUUAGCUGCAAUUUCAGAAUCGUGCAAAAGAAGAUUCGAACUUCAUAGAUUCGGAUUCUCCUUCAAUUUGAACUACAGAUAAUCUUUUUCACAAUCCAAUUACAAAGUUACAACAACUUUUUAAAAUUCAAUUUUUCGAAUCACUUUUUUUUAGUCAACUAAUUACUUUGCUGAGUCACAGAUUUCACCGUCAUUUACUGAUUUAAGGUUUUACAAAUUUGAAAUUUGAAUUUCAGUGAAUCUGAUGGAUAUAAUCGCAUACUGUUAAUUGAAUUAGCGGAAGUGAGGAUUUAAUUUAAACUCUAAGCUUCCGGUUAUUUGUCAAUUUUUUUUUGAGGUAUUUUUUUAGUGAUUUAUUAUUGAAGGAUUAUUAUAUUGUUGUUAAUUGUUGAAAUCAGCGAAAUCAGAGAAGAAGAGAGAGCAAAAGUUACCUUUUUGAGGAAUUUUUAGUGAUUUAUUGUGGAAUGACUAUAUAUAGUUGUUAAUUGUUGAAAUCAGAGAAGAAGAGGUAGAAAAAAUAUUUUUUUUUGAGGUAUUUUUAGCGAUUUGUAAUCAAAAUCAGAAAAGUAGAGGUAGCAAAAGUUUGAAUUUUGUGGAUUAGUGAAGUUGUCUGGCAAUUUUUUGAGGUGCUUUUAGCAAUUUAUUGCCGAAUGACUAUAUGUAGUUGUUAAUUGUGGAUCAGUGAAAUCAGAGAAGAAGAAGAGGUAGCAAAAGUUUGAAUUUUGUGGAUUAUUGAAGUUAUCUGGCAAUUUUUGAGGUGUUUUUAGCGAUUUAUUAUCGAAGGACUGUUAUAUAGUUGUUAAUUGUUGAGAUCACCAAAAUUAGAGAAGAAGAGGUUGGAAAAAUUUGAACUUUUGGAUUGUUUUGGAUUAUUGAAGUGAAAUGUCGAAGGUGGUGUAUGAGGGGUGGAUGGUGCGGUAUGGGAGGAGGAAGAUAGGGAGAUCGUAUAUUCAUAUGCGCUAUUUUGUUCUCGAGACUCGAUUGUUGGCCUACUACAAGAGAAAGCCUCAGGACAAUGUGGUUCCAAUCAAGACACUCCCUAUAGAUGGCAAUUGUCGGGUGGAGGACCGAGGCCUGAAGACUCAUCAUGGACAUAUGGUCUAUGUCUUAUCAGUUUACAACAAGAAAGACAAGUAUAAUCGUGUCACGAUGGCAGCUUUCAACAUUCAGGAGGCACUUAUUUGGAAAGAAAAAAUUGAAUCAAUCAUUGAUCAGCAUCAGGAGUCGCAAGGAACUAAUGGCAAUAAGUACAAUAUAUUUGAAUAUAAAUCUGAUAUGGACAACGGGAGGAAUGCUUCCUCAUCAGAUCAUGAAAGUCAGUUUAGUGCUGCUGAGGAUGAAGAUGAUUCUCAUCCGAACUUGCUGCGAAGAACAACCAUUGGAAGAGGUCUUCCUGAGUCGGUAUUUGACUGGACCAAGGAAUUCGAUUCUGAUUUGGCAAACCAGAAUGGGAGUAACCAAGUAUUCUCCAGAAAGUACUGGCGCUUACUUCAAUGCCAAAAUGGCCUUCGCAUUUUUGAGGAGCUUCUGGAUGGCGAUUUACUACCAAAAAGCUGUAGUAGAGCAAUGAAGGCUGUUGGGGUUGUGGAGGCUAGUUGUGAAGAUAUAUUUGAGCUUGUUAUGAGCAUGGAUGCAACACGUUUUGAGUGGGACUGCAGCUUCCAGCAUGGUAGUUUAGUUGAGGAGGUAGAUGGACACACAGCAAUACUCUAUCACAGACUUCAACUUGACUGGUUCCCUACGUUAGUAUGGCCUCGUGAUCUUUGUUAUGUACGUUAUUGGCGUCGAAAUGAUGAUGGAAGUUAUGUUGUGUUAUUUCGUUCCAGGGAUCAUGAGAAUUGUGGUCCACUACCUGGAUAUAUUCGAGCUCAUAUUGAGAGUGGUGGAUUCAAUAUUUCCCCACUCAAACCUCUUAAUGGGAGGCCCAGAACACAAGUGCAGCAUCUUAUGCAGAUUGAUUUAAAAGGAUGGGGUGUGGGCUAUAUCUCUUCAUUUCAGCAACAUUGUCUGUUGCAGAUGUUAAACAGUGUGGCGGGACUUCGUGAAUACUUUUCGCAAACAGAUGAAAGGACUGCUGCUCCAAGAAUCCCAGUUAUGGUUAAUAUGACAUCAGCUUCAGUCUCUGCCAAGAAGAGUCAAAAACUCCAGGAGACUCCUCAUCAUCGUACUCGUUCUUUGGACCAAAUACGAGCUGCAAACAGAGAUGCUUCAAUGAUGGAUGAGUAUUCUGAUGAGGAAGAAGAUUUUCAAGGGGCUGAUCAAGAGGUAAUGCCACCCAGUCCUGACCAUGAAAUGAAGAGAACUGCACUUGAAGAAGAACCUUUGGAUCAAAUUGAUUUUUCCAUCUUUUCGGGUAAUCUUCGACGUGAUGACCGUGAUAAUGGUCGUAACUGCUGGAGAAUAUCUGAUGGAAAUAACUUCAGAGUUCGUAGCAAGAACUUUUGCUAUGACAAAUCAAAGGUUCCUGCUGGUAAACCUCUGAUGGAUCUUGUUGCUGUUGACUGGUUUAAAGAUAUUAAACGGAUGGACCAUGUUGCUAGACGUCCUGGUUGUGCAGCACAAGUUGCUACGGAAAAAGGACUGUUUUCCUUGGUUGUAAAUGUGCAAGUUCCUGGAUCAACACAUUACAGCAUGGUUUUCUAUUUUGUCAUGAAAGAGUUAACUCCUGGUUCUCUUUUGCAACGAUUUGUUGAUGGGGAUGAUGAGUUCCGCAAUAGUAGAAUGAAGCUCAUCCCGUCUGUGCCAAAGGGCUCAUGGAUUGUGCGUCAGAGUGUUGGAAGUACCCCUUGUAUACUGGGGAAGGCAGUUGACUGUAACUACAUCCGCGGUCCCAAGUAUUUGGAAUCUCGCUUUUGAUCAUGUGUUGUUUAUAUUCUGUAGAUUGAUGUUGAUAUUGGUUCUUCCACUGUGGCAAAUGGAGUUUUGGGGCUUGUGAUCGGUGUAAUUACGAGCCUAGUAGUUGACAUGGCUUUCC